CGAGGAUCCGUGCAGCUCCAGGACUGGCCCGCCACUUCCUGCCCGCCUCUGGGCGGACGACGGUGCCCGCAGCCCAUGAGCGGACCCAACUCCAGCCGGAGAGGUAGAGCCGCAGCGGCCGAUCGCGCCUCUCCGGAGCUGGGUGAGUGCCCCUCGGCGAGCCUGGUGUCCCGGAGAGCUCCGGCUGCGCUGCCGGCCUCCUGCCCCCCGCCGGCGCGCUCCAGCCCCCCGAUGCCCUCCCGGAACCCCGCCGCUUGUUGCCUGCCGCCCCCGCGGCGCUCCCCAGCCGGCUGCUGCCCGCUGUGACUCCCCCAUUCCCCGCUGGCGGGCGCCGUUAAGACUACCCGAGGACCGCGCGCUUGUGGGAUCCGCCGGACACCCCGGCCGCGGCAGUGGGCGCCGAGCGGGAGGCUGCGAGGGCAAAAGCCGGGAGGAUGGACGAGUCCGGCGAGCGCAGCCUCCCGGAGCCGGGCAGCCAGGGCUCCGGAGCCGGAGAGGACAUCGAGAUCGUCGUCAAUGUGGGGGGCGUGCGGCAGGUGCUGUACGGAGACCUCCUCAGCCAGUACCCCGAGACCCGGCUGGCCGAGUUAAUCAACUGCUUGGCCGGGGGCUACGACACCAUCUUCUCCCUGUGCGACGACUACGACCCCGGAAAGCGCGAGUUCUAUUUUGACAGGGACCCCGACGCCUUCAAGUGUGUCAUCGAGGUGUACUAUUUUGGGGAGGUCCACAUGAAGAAGGGCAUCUGCCCCAUCUGCUUCAAGAACGAGAUGGACUUCUGGAAGGUGGACCUCAAGUUCCUGGACGACUGUUGCAAGAGCCACCUGAGCGAGAAGCGCGAGGAGCUGGAGGAGAUCGCGCGCCGCGUGCAGCUCAUCCUGGACGACCUGGGCGUGGACGCGGCCGAGGACCGCUGGCGGCGCUGCCAGAAGUGCGUGUGGAAGUUCCUGGAGAAGCCGGAGUCGUCUUGCCCGGCGCGCGCGGUGGCCGUGCUGUCCUUCCUGCUCAUCCUCAUCUCCUCAGUGGUCAUGUGCAUGGGCACCAUUCCCGAGCUGCAGGUGCUGGACUCGGAGGGCAACCGCGUGGAGCACCCGACGCUGGAGAACGUAGAGACGGCGUGCAUCGGCUGGUUCACGCUGGAGUACCUGCUGCGCCUCUUUUCCUCGCCCAACAAGCUGCACUUCGCCCUGUCAUUCAUGAACAUCGUGGACGUGCUGGCCAUCCUUCCCUUCUAUGUGAGCCUCACACUCACGCACCUGGGCGCACGCAUGAUGGAGCUGACCAACGUGCAACAGGCCGUGCAGGCCCUGCGUAUCAUGCGCAUCGCCCGCAUCUUCAAGCUGGCGCGCCACUCUUCGGGCCUGCAGACCCUCACCUACGCGCUCAAGCGCAGCUUCAAGGAACUGGGGCUGCUGCUCAUGUACUUGGCCGUGGGCAUCUUCGUCUUCUCCGCCCUGGGCUACACCAUGGAGCAGAGCCACCCGGAGACCUUGUUUAAGAGCAUCCCCCAGUCCUUCUGGUGGGCCAUCAUCACCAUGACUACCGUGGGCUACGGUGACAUCUACCCCAAGACUACACUGGGCAAGCUCAACGCGGCCAUCAGCUUCUUGUGUGGGGUCAUUGCCAUCGCCCUGCCCAUCCACCCCAUCAUCAACAACUUUGUCAGGUACUACAACAAGCAGAGGGUCUUGGAGACAGCAGCCAAGCACGAGCUGGAGCUGAUGGAGCUCAACUCCAGCAGUGGAGGUGAGGGUAAGGCUGGGGUCUCCCGGAGUGACCUGGACAACCUCCCGCCAGAGUCUGAUGGCAAGGAGGGGUCUAGGUGGAAUAGCCGGCUGAAGAUCUCCCACAGUGACACCUUCAUCCCCCUCCUGACCAAGGAGAAGCACCACAGGACCCGGCUCCAGAGCUGCAAGUGAUGAGAGCCAUCCCAGCAGAGACAGACUGGACCAGUGGGUGAAUGGACAGGUGUGUCAGCAACUGCCUCAGAGUAGAUGUCCUCUGUUCCCCCUUCCCUCUCCUGAACAGGACUCUGAAGGCCCUCUUGGGCACCUCUGACAAGGCUGGGUAAGACCCCUUCGUGUUGCUGGCUGCCCGGGAGCCAGUGGAGAGGGACAGGUGUCCAGGUGCCGCGGGGCUGCGUGGGGUGAGUGGAGGCUGUGGCCUGGCUGGUGGCAGGAGCCUGUGCCUGGUUCUGUAUCUCCUUCAAUAAAGCCUCCUGUUCUUUGCACCCAACCCGGCUUGCAGGUUCUGUCACAGGCUGGCUAUUGCCCCCUAGACCUGGCUCAGUCAUGCGCCGGUGCCAGGCCAGGAGGUAGUCUGUGCAGCCCUGGGGGGGCUAUUUUUAGUUGGGAGCUAAUUAAAGAAGAGCUCAUUUGCAGGAUUCAGAGCCAAGGCACUUCGCCACAUUCCAGGAAGCUCUGGGCUGGUGAGUCUUUCCUUCUUGUUCCUUCUGGGGUAAAUCUUGGUCCCUGAGCACUCCCAGGAGGGAGAAGAGUUCACAGAGCAGGGGCCACUGAGCAGCAUGGUUACCAUUUAUUUGCGUGGGGCUCACCUCACAAAUUCUGUUCCUUCCAGCAACCUUGCUAGAAGGGUAUCCCCGUUUUGCAGAUGGGGAAACUGAGGCCCAGGGUCUCACAUAGCAGGGAUUCUAUCCAAGGUCUGAUGAUAUCCCAUAGUCCAUGCAUUCCCUCUUGAGACCAGGUGAUACCAGGUGGCCUUGGGGUGGAAGUGCCUAUUUGGGCCCUCAAGGGGAGGGUGUCCAGACCAGGAGAGGCACUGGAUUCCUGAGUGUGGGGAUGCCUGUCCUCCAGCUCAUCCUUCCUUCUAGCAUGGACACCCAUGGACACUUCUGAGAUACCACCUGAAUGGACAAAUCCGAACAUGGUCCCAGGUAGCCAGCCUAGAGUGAGAGUCCAGGGGAAUGGAAUCAGACAGACCUGAGUUUGAAGCCUGUGGAAUGUGGAGAAGAUCUCUGAGAUGCUUUUGAGCUGUAAACACUUUUUUCUAGUGCCUUCCCCCACCCCCAACUGCCUUACUAGUUGUGUGACCUUAGGUCUGUGGAUUAACCUCUCUGAUCCCCAUCCUGAUAAUUUAUUAAAUGGGGUUGUAAUAAUUACAUGAGAGGCUCAUGGUGUUUAGCACAGUGCCUGGCACAGAGUAACAGCUCAAUAAAUGGUAGCUGUUACUGUGGGCUGGGAGGGAGGUGAGAUGCACAAUCGCCUGCUAUGGGUUCUGCAGGUCUGGCCUGGGCAUACGGAUCGGGGAGAAGGGGGGGCAGGGCAUUGCCACACUGUCCUCAGCCAAAGGCAGGUCCCCUUGGCAUGGAGUUGGCCCUGGCAGGCCCUCUCUCUGGCUUUCCACCUUCUUCUCACUGCAGAGCUCUGGCUUUCCUUCCUCUGUGGGGGGUGGGAGGUGGUCCCUGGUCUGCCCGCACAGGUCUUGCCCCUUCUCUGGGCCUGUUUCCCCAUCUGUAUAAAGAGGGGUAAUUUCUCAGGGCCCUUCCAGUUCUGACAUUCCAGGAUUCCAAAGUCUACAGGCUGCAUUGUGGUGGGGACUUCCAGGGGGUGGGAAGUGGCCACGUUGUAGGGGUCUUGGAGAUGAACCACUUGAUAGAGGCUCAGGGCUGUCCCUCUGGGGUGCAAGGCCCUGAGCCAGUGUUGUGCAUCCCUCCCUCAUGAAUUUCUCCAUAAAAAUAAACACUGAAUCAAGUGACCACCCAGGGCAAGGAUGGAUUUGAGGGCUGGGGUGGCCAAACAAGGCUCUGUGGGAAGGAAGAGAGGGCUUUGUGGCUUCUGGGUUAGGAAAGAAGGGAUUGUGGGUGUGUGGGGACAAAGCCCAGAGACGGUAAACCUGAGAUCCUUCAUAGAUUAGGAUUAGACUGGGUCCUGGUCCCAAGGAGCUCAGAUGGUGACAAAUCAUCCUGACACAGUGAUGUGCUUUGUCAUGGAGGAGUGACCAGGGGUCUUUGGGGGCAAGGAGAAGGGGCAGCCCUCUCUCCCUGGCGAAAUUUUCUGGCACUUGUUCUCAAAUUGCUGCACAUUUGAACCACCUGGAAAGAUUGUUUUUUAAAAAACCAGUGUUCAGGUUGCAUGCCAUACCAAUGAAAUUAGAAUCUCUGGGGGUGACACCCAGGCAUCAGUAUUUUUUUUAACCUUCAAGUGCACAUGAGUCAUCUUGUUAAAAUGUAGAUUUUGGAUCAGUAGAUCUGGGUGGGCCCCUGAAAUUCUGCAUUUCUAAUAGGAUCCUGUAUGAGGGUGUAGCUGCUGAGCCUUGGAACAUACACUGAACAGCAAGAGUCUAGAGCAGGGUUUGCAGACUAUGGCCUGGCCUGCUUUAUGUUUUUGUUUUAACCCAUGAGUGAAGAAUGGGUGUUUACAUUUUUAAAUGGUUGAAAGAAACUCAAAGGAAGAAUAUUUCAUGACACAUGAAAAGUAUAUGAAAUUCAGAUUUCAAUGUCUGUAAAUAAAGUCUUAUUGGAACAGAGCCAAGCUCCCUUGUUUACUUCUCGU